CAAUCCCCAUUCACCGUUCAGAAGAAACGGCAAAGGAUGUUGACCUAGCUAUAGUCCUUGCGAUAUCCUCUUAGCAGGACGUAUUUGUAGUGGGUUGAGCAGCCUGCCCAACCCAUUCUCAGUGCGAGGACUUGAGGAGAGAAGCGCUGUACACACCGCGCCUGCUCUGGUCGGCUCCUCCGACAGUGCGCAGCCUAUAUUCAGUCCCAACAAGAGACACCUUCAACCAGGUCGCGGACUCUACCUUGGCCACCGCCGAGACCGUUCAAACAGGACAUGCCUCGAAGAGCGAAUCAUAGAAUAUAGGAACAACGAAGCCAACAUCUUGCAAAGGAAAAGGUUGACAUCACGUGUGAAUGAUUUGGAGAAGCAGAGGUGAAUAAACGUAGCAGAUAAAGAUGUAAACAUUACCAUGUCCUGUCUCCAUCGCCACCACCACAUACGUUUAGCUUCCCCUUCUUUUUCUGCACAGACGCAGAAUGCGUGGAAUUAUUGAUUAAAAGGGAAGAGGAAGAGGAAUCCAAUGUGGACGGGAGGAGAGGAGGCACUCGCAACACUGACAGUCACAUCAAUUUAGUAGCGGCCCUUCAGAGGAUAACUGUUCAUAUUUGAAGGACAGAAAUGAAGUCGUCUCCAGGAUAGUGCUGUGAGCGAGUGCAUCUGACCAGGAGUUUGCUGGCGAUCUGCGGGACUGCUGCUCCCCGUAUUUGCGGCCAUGCUGCGGGAAUCAUCCCCCGAGCUCUUCCCGACUUGAGGGGCUUUUACCAGCCGAUUGUUAAAACAGUGCAGUCGUUAAAAUGAUUUCGUUGUCUAGAAGACGGAUAACCCCGAGGCUUUUUUUACAACGUUUGUUUCAUAUUUUGCUAAAGAACCCUGCGCAGAGAUAGCUGAUCAUAUUUCACUUAGCUCUUUAGCUCUGACAAUUUUAUCCUAACAAAAUUCUGUGGAAAACAUUUAAUUAUUUAUAGGCUAUGUUCCGCGAAUUGCAUAACAAAAGUUUUGGGUUGUGUCCCGGGUUGAGUGCGUGUCUGUUUGUGUUUAUAGUAGCACACGUAGCAGCCAAUUCGCUCAAGCUUAUUGUGCGAAUUAGACAUUGUAUUCAAAUCUGAACGCAUGUGUUGGAGGUUGUUUCCCCAACUGGUAUUGUACUCUUAACAGCUGGACAGUGCACCAUUCACUAGAGGACAGGUGUGUUGUCCAACUGGUCAGGUGGGGAACGAACCCAGAGGUCCUACCCACUUUAAGGCCUCUUGACUUCGUGUACAAGGUUUUAAUGUUUAGUUAAAAAGACAAAUAUUUUUAUGCAAGUCAGCCUUGCAUGACUGCCUGGGGGGAGGGAGCAAUUCAUUUUUUACAGCAGAUUCUAACAUCCAAACAUGGGCACCAAACAGACCAAAGGUGUUGGGGGCCAAGAGGCUGGGCCCAGCCCACAGCACGGGUGGAAACGGACCCCUACCAAGGAGAGGGGUGACCUCUUCACCUCCUUCAUGUUGAGGUCAGGGGACCGGCUGAGUCGUGGAGGGUCCCCUCCGCCCUACCAGCGCCGGAUAGGCAUGAUCCAGGAGAUGAUGCUGAUGGCCAAGCAAGGCAAACAGGACAAGGCCACAGAGAUGCUGCAGACACUCCGGCAGGACUUGGGGAUGGAGUCCACGUCUCUGGAUGACGUGCUGUACCGCUACGCCAGCUUCAGGAACCUGGUGGACCCCAUCACCCACGACCUCGUCAUCAGCCUGGCCAGAUACAUCCAGUGCCCCCCCAAGACAGGCCCGGGGGAGGAUUCUCUGGGUGCCAUGGAGAAGGUGUGUCGCCAGCUGACCUAUCACCUGAGCCCACACUCACAGUGGAGACGGCAGGGCAUACUGAAGAGGAAGCCGCAGGCAUGUCUCAAGGUGAUGCUGUCGACACCUCCCCCUAACGGGGCGCUGGACCUUUCGGGCAUCCCCCUGACGGUGCGUGACAUGGAGCGCCUGUGUGCCUACCUGCAGCGCCACGCGCCCAUCAUCUGCAGCCUGGAGCUGGGCUUCACCGAGCUCACAGACGACGCCUUCCUCCUCCUCCUGCCCACGCUGGGUGCGCUGCCCCGGCUGGAGACCCUGGCCCUCAACGGCAACCGGCUGACCCGUGCCGUCCUCAAGGAGCUGACGGACAGCCUGAAGGACCCGGCCAGCUUCCCCAGUGUCACGUGGAUCGACCUGGGCAACAACGUGGACAUCUUCUCCCUGCCCCAGCCUUUCCUGGUAAGUCUGAGGAAGCGCUGCCCCAAGCAGGGCAACCUGCCCACCAUCCUGGAGUUUGGUGAGAGCCAGGCCAGCGAGCCCGAGGGGAGGGUGGGAGAUGAUGACGAUGACAGAGAUGACAUCAACAGGACAGAGAGCAUGGAUGAGCUGAGGUCGGAGGUGGAGGGGGAGAUGGACGGAGAGACGGAGAUUGAGGAGAUGAUGGAAGAGUUGUUGGACUUUGACCUGGAGGUGCAGGGGAAGGAGGACGAGAUCGAGGACAGCAUGUGGACAAUGGAGGAGCAGAGGAGGGAGGAGACACGGGGACAGGGAAUUAAGAAGAUGGUGGAGAGGGCGGAGCUAGAGGAGGAAGACACACAGAGUCAGUCUUCCCACUUGUCGUGCUCCAGCCAAUCGCAGCAUUCUUCUGGAGUGGUUGAACUGAUGAAGGAGGAAGAAGGAGAGGAGGGAACUGAUCAGUUAGACCCCCUGACCUGAGCAAGAACCCCGGUCCACUCUGCUUGGAACUUCCCCUCCCACGUUUUGUCUAGAAUGAGAAGAGAGCAGUACCAGCAAGCAGUGAACGUUCGUAUAACGUUAGGUAACGUUCGUGGAAUGCAUAGGUAUCCGGAAAUUGUUUCCUGGGUUGGACAUCUGGGGGAGGGGCUCUGUCAUCUCAACCGACUGGAAUGGUUCCGGAAUAACCAACCGAUCUGGGUGGACUGUUCGUCCACGGAUGCACAGUUUAGGGAGAUGACAAUCCAGGUUGAAAGCGGACUUUUGUGAUAACUCUUAUUGUUGUUUCAUUAUGAAUUAGGAUUAUAAUCCUCUGUAGUAAAGAGUAAUAGAUAUAUUAUAUAUCAAAUGUAGAAAACAAAUAAACAUAUUCUAAUGUA